AGUAUGGGAAAUUGCAUCUGCAGCCAACUUUAUGAGAAAGUGAGCUUUACAUCUAGGCCCUAUACAACAAAAUCACAGGGAAAGUAAAGCCAACUUUGUUUUUCUCAGCUUAAAUUGUAAGGUGUAAAGAUGACCAGCCCUUCCAGGAGUAUAGAGGAUCAGAAGGGCAUUGGUGAAAGCCCAGCUCACAAACCAGAGAUUUCUAGGUACCGCAGCUGGAGCAGCCUCCGCUUCUCCAGGUGGAGAAGUAGUUCCCAGAGGACAACCCCCCCUGGCACACCUUCCCCGAAGACAGAAAAUAGGAGUGAUGUGACAAGGACACUUUUCUCCCUGGUCAAGACCCACAAUGAUGACUACACGGCAGACCCUGAUGGCCUGCUGGACACCAAUGGAGAGGGCGAAGGAGGCAUUGAAGAGAUGCUUCAGGACCAGUCCACCUACUUCCAGAGGCAGUUGGGCUCCAUGCUGCAACCGGGGGUCAACAAAUUCUCUCUGCGCAUGUUUGGCAGCCACAAGGGGGUCACUGCUGAGCAGGAAAGGGUCAAGAGCUUUGGAGUGUGGAUCAUCCACCCUUACAGUGAUUUCAGGUUUUACUGGGACAUUGUGAUGCUGCUGUUAAUGAUGAGUAAUCUAGUCAUUUUGCCCUGGGGAAUCACCUUCUUUGAAGACCAGAACACCAAGCCCUGGAUCACCUUCAAUGUCCUGUCUGACACCCUCUUCCUCAUGGACCUGGUUUUCAACUUUCGUACGGGAAUCUUGGGAGAGGACAGUCACAUCAUCCUGGACCCCAAAGAUAUCCGCAUGCAUUACCUCCGCACCUGGUUCCUGGUAGACUUUGUGUCUUCCAUCCCUGUAGACUACAUCUUUCUCAUUGUUGAUUUGGAGUCCCGGAAUGACUCGUCUGAUGUGUAUCGUACAGCUCGCGCCCUUCGCAUCGUGCGCUUCACAAAAAUUCUCAGUCUGCUUCGUCUUCUUCGACUGUCUCGCCUCAUCCGAUACAUUCACCAGUGGGAAGAGAUUUGCCACAUGACUUAUGACUUGGCGAGUGCUGUGGUGCGGAUAGUCAACUUGAUUGGUAUGAUGCUGCUGUUGUGCCACUGGGAUGGCUGCAUGACCUUUAUGGUGCCGAUGCUGCAAGACUUUCCUCCAGACUGUUGGGUGUCUAAAAACAAUAUGGUGAAUGCUACUUGGCAACUACAGUACUCCUACGCCCUGUUUAUGGCCAUGAGUCACAUGUUAUGUAUAGGGUACGGUGCUCACCCUCCAGAGGGAUUUAGUGACGUUUGGCUCACCAUGAUCAGCAUGGUUAUUGGCGCCACUUGUUAUGCCAUGUUCCUGGGUCACGCAACUAACCUGGUCCAAUCCUUGGACGCAUCACAUCGGCAGUAUCAAGAGAAGUACAAGCAAGUGGAGCAGUACAUGUCAUUCCAUAAAUUGCCAGCAGAUGUAAGGCAGAGGAUUCAUGAUUAUUAUGAGCAGCGAUUUCAAGGCAAGAUGUUCGAUGAGGACAAUAUCCUUGGAGAGCUCAGCGAUCCACUACGGGAGGAGAUUGUCAGCUAUAACUGUCGUGGGCUGGUAGCCAACAUGCCACUCUUCGCCAACACUGACCCUCAUUUUGUGACGGUGAUCCUGACCAAGCUGCGUUUUGAAGUCUUCCAACCAGGAGACUUCAUUAUACGAGAAGGAACAUUGGGUCGGAAGAUGUACUUCAUCCAGCAUGGCACCGUCACAAUCAUCCCCCGUGGAAGUAGGGAGCUUCAGCUCAAUGAUGGAGCGUAUUUUGGAGAGAUCUGCUUGCUGACUCAGGGACGCCGCACAGCCAGCGUGAAGGCCGAAACAUACUGCCGUCUCUAUUCCCUGAGCGUGGACGACUUUAACGAGGUCCUUGAGGAGCAUCCUCUGAUGAGGAGGGCUUUUGAGAGCGUGGCUGUGGACCGACUGGACCGAGUUUCCCGCAGACCCAGUUAUCAGCCUCCAACAACUGAGUGAUCCCUGGAGACUUACCGAGAGACUUCAACCAGAAAUGUGGAGCAUGUUUGUCAUUUGUGACUGAACUCCACCAGACAAUGAAGAAAUAUUUAAAUCAGAAUGAUUGCUAUUGACAUUAGUGCACAGUGAUAGAUGACCAAAUGGAGAUAUUCCAUUUUAAUUUAUUAUCACAUUGCUGCUGCAUUUUGGGUAAAUUAGCACCUUUUGUUAAUUCUAAUUGUUACUUGAAUCUCAAAAAACUAUAUGCUCAUGUUUGAGAUAAAUCUUCUUUAUUAGAUCCAUUUGUGUUAUUAAUCGAAUAGUAUUCUGAUCAGCUGUCUUCUUGUUUCCCGCUUCUAUUACAAUUUGUAACAUGUUUUAACCAAUACUGUUUCUACAAUUUCCACUUGUAAAUACUUCAGCAGCCAACACACUCUUUGGGACUGCUGUGCCCAUUUGAUUAUCCAUAACAGAAUUCAUAAUACUGAAAGUGUAGGAAGACCAGCUGGCGAUUCAUCACAUAGCUUUGUGAUUCAGAUGAUCCCCAGUUCUAUAGGUUGUGUCAUGUGAAGGUUAAUACCCAUGUACACAGAAGAUAAGCUAGAGUGACAUAACUCAACUGAGCACACACACGUGGAGAUCACACUUACUUGUUAAGAGUUUGAUUUGUCAAAUUUCCUGUCCUGGAGUUUUUACUUAUAUCGUUCAUAAAGAUAUAAGUAACCACUUAAUGGUUAGAUACACUUUGGUAUUUCAAAUGUAGAAAUUAAUUUUUCCAAAUAUGUAUGAUUAAUUUCAAGAUCUUAUAGACAAACAAGCAUCCACUUUAAAUUAAUCACAUAAAGAGAUAGUUUAGAUCAUUUUUACAGCAGAUUUUAUUUCAAACCAGGAAAAGCUAAUCUAAUAACAAGAAAAUGUCUAUAUUAAACUUGUGUAGCCAGGCAGCAACCAUUACCAUUGAAUGCAAUGAGUUAGCUUUGACAUGGCUUGAUUUGAGCUAUUUAUUUCUUUAUUUUGCUGAACAGGAUUUAAUAAAUGGAAGUAAGCUGU